AUGUCUGCGCUUACUGCACAGGAUCUCUCAAAGAACUUGCACACCCUUGACAGAAGGCUAGAUACGCCCAGUUUCGUCCAGACAGUGCACAGAACGACCUACAGAGCCAUAGACCCUGCCCGCUCUGACCUCUCAGCUUCAGGGAAAACAGUUGUUGUGACUGGAGGCGCCACUGGCAUUGGAUUCGGGAUCGCUCAACACUUUGCUGCUGCGGAGGCUUCUACCAUUGUGCUUGUUGCCAGAAGGGCAAACACCCUGGAAGAGGCAGCUAAAGCUAUCAGCCAAUCGUAUCCUAAAACCCAGGUCCUUACGUAUUCCGUCGAUAUCAUGGAUAGUAAAAGCGUCGGAAAUAUGUUUGCGUCGGCCGUUGAUGCGGCAAAGACUCAUGCUGCGGACAUACUUGUAACGUCCGCAGCCUAUAUUCAUCCUCCAAAUACAGUUGUCGGGAUAGAUCCUCCUUUUUUCGAAACCUGCUUCUCAACGAACGUUUUUGGCAAUAUGAAUCUCGUCCGCCAUUUCCUCAGAGUUCCAUCAUCUCAUAAAAAGACUGUGAUCGAUGUGUCUUCGAGCGCAUCACAUCGCAUCAACCCAGCGAUCUCUGCCUAUGGGGCUAGCAAAGGAGCCUUCACUUUCUUGAUGCGCCACCUACAGUCUGAGAAUCCAGAUAUCAGAGUCCACUCAUUCCAACCUGGGACAGUUUUUACACCUGCUAGCCAAGGAUUCGGCGUCACGAAAGAAAUGUUCGAACCCAUCGCGGAUGACGUAUCGCUUCCAGGUUCUUUCGCAGUCUGGUUAGCGAGUCCAGAGGCUGAAUUCACGAAGGGUCGGUUUCUGCAUUCUAAAUGGGAUGUUGAAGAUUUGGUAAAAAACAAGCACGUAUUCGUGGAAGAUCCGACAUUUUCCACGGUCGAGUUGAGACUAUGA